AUCUUUUUUGUAUUAUAUUUUAAAGGGCUACGCCAAGGAUUAACGCAAAAUGUGAUAUUGAUAGUAAAAUUCUAUGAUAUAACACAAGUUUAACGUUGAUAAAUAUAACAGUUUAGACUUAAAUAUCGUAUUUUGACAACAGGUAAAAAUGUUUUACAACUUUUAUGGAUUAACGAAAUAAGUAAACGUUUACUUGAUAGCAAGCUAUUUCAUAAUAUCAUAUAUGGACAGUGGAUUUUAAAUUUCAAUUGAGGAACAAAAUGGACAGAAAACUGUUUGUGGUACAAUACUGUACUUUUCCGACGAUUUUAGAGUUAUAAUAGUUACAACACAGUUUUUGUCGGAGUAUUUUCUAUGAUAAUUUUAGAUUGUUUUGUCUGCUUAUUUGAAAAGAAAGUUAUACAGAAGGCUAACUUUUUAAUUAAAUCUGUUAAGAGAUGCAUGCGAGGCGGUCGAUUAAUAACCAAAUGAAAGACUAUUGACGUGUGUGUACUUUUAUAAUGUAAUAAACGGCAAUAAAAGGUUUUCAUCAUCAUUCUUUUUAUUGGAUUCGUAUAAAAGGCGAAAACGAAGAACUCAUAAUGGACUUUUGAAUAAUAAACAAAAUACGCCGGGUGAAUUUCAAUUACUUUUGAUAAAAGAUUUUUUCCCCACUGCUUGGGCAAAUAAAAUUAAUUGAUCAUCUGGAUAUUGCUAAAAAAGAUUCGAACGGUGCUAUGAUUUAGAUUGUAAAACGUAUUUCGUCUGCGCUUUUCGUAUUUUGGAUCAUUUUUAUGGAAUAAGUGAUACAGAUUCUAUUUAUCAGUGAGCAGUGUCAUUGGUUUACUAACAUGUCAAUUUUGCCUGAAAUUGGCACCGGAAGACUGGUAACUUCCGGUGUUGAGCCAGAAAAUAACGAAAAAUCCAGUCACAGACAUUAUGGACAUCGUAAAACGGGCAACAAGUCUUUGCUGGAAAUAUCGCAGAACUUGCAGUCUGUUCAUCAUGAUGGCAAGAAGUUAAGGUCAAGGUCUUAUGAACCGUCAUCAGACGACAAUAACAAUCAUGUUAAUAAAAAAGCUAAAAUGGACAGAAGCAAAAGUUUGGGUAAUGUUCAAAGACCAAGGGAUCAAAAACGGAAACAGCCUGUUGACAUGGUAUCACAAUACCCUGAUGAAAAUAGAAAUCCCAAAAGUAAAUCUCCAAAAAGAAGUAUGUCGGGAAGACGGGUUCGUUUCGACAGCAGCUCGGAUGAUUCGAUUGAUAAAAAGCAAAGCAUUGGAGAAUUCGGAGCAGGAUCGUUACGAAGACCACAUGGUAUUCAGUAUAAAUUUGGAAACAGAAAUACCACUGCGAUGGAAUCUUCAGCAACCUCGAGUGGCGACACAUCUCCGACUGUGUCAGUGAGGCGCGGCCCGCCGGGAAGUCAUCAGUCAAGGUUGGAGGCAGCCAGGGCAAGGGCUAAGAUUUGGACGGAGACGCACUCAGACCCUGGACCAGUUGAGAGGUCAAUAGACAAUGAUAAGGUCCUCAGAGGUCAACCAAUUGAUCCCCGUCGAGGGAAGUUUCAGACCGACACAGCGCGUGCCAAACAUGCACAGUUCAUGAACCAAGACAAACAAGAUGGCCGACCAAAAGCAGCAGAUAAAGGGAGACGACUCCAGUCACUUCCUUCGAAAAAAGAAUCUCAUGUUUCAGAGACUGAAGAACGCCCGGUGAUCUCAGCUCCAUCUAAAGACCAAGGUAAAAUGGACGGACCAAUGCCGAAAAUAAACACUCUGGUACCAAAUGAUAGUAAAGCAAGCGCAUCAAACACUUUCCAGCCUGGUACCAGUAAAUCUAAUACGACAUCCGUUUCGCCGGCAAAAUCAACGGAACCAACAGUGUCGCCAACAAAACCUAAGGACCCUAUUAUCAGUCCGAGAAAAGUAGUGCCAGAAAAUAAACCGGCGGAAUCUGCGGUGAAGACAGACAUUGAAAAACAGAAGGAUACUCGUCGUUCGGAGACAAAAGUAACAGGUGUUGCCGGACGUACGACCAAAGACGAAGAUACUGUCAGGAUUACUAAGAACACAGUACCAACAAGUCAGAAUCGUUCUGAAGGAAGUCCAACAAAGUUAAAGGACGGAAAACAUAAACUUCCGGCGGAUGAUCAUGGACCGGCAUACCCGAGUCCGAAGCCGGCCAAUGACGCAAAGCCAUCCGUCACCGGAGCGUCCAAGAAUGAUCCGAAUUUUAAUUACUAUGCAUCAGAGACUCAAAAAGCCUUAGGCGGUCAGAACGUUGUUGAAAAUUCUCCUCGAGUUCCGUCAGAAAAAAGUUCCAAAACCGAUAAAUCUUGGGUUACAAUUAAAACAAAAAACACCCAAAGUAGUCAGCCCUCAGGCCCCGUAAAGUCAAGAACCACUGUCGAGUUCUCUCAAAAUUCCUCAAUAGCAAAUAGUGACAAAAAGCGUCGCGAAGUAACUAUAGUUGAUCCAAAAUAUGUCCGGAGAAUGAAUCAAAGUGGUGAUGAUGACGGCGAACCGUUCAUGCAUGAAUAUGAAUUUAGUCAUAACCAAAUUAAGCACCAUAAAGACUUUAAAGAUAUGACGGACGAAGAAAAGAUAAAUUAUUUUCAGGAAACAUUACACAUGAAACCUGACCAAAUAAGAGAAUUGACCUUUCAUCCAAAGGUCAAUGAGCAAAAGAUGAUUCACCAUGCAUAUACAGGCAUUGACACCGUAAACUGGCAAUCUGGACGAUUAAAGUCCGGAAACGUCCAAAAUCAAAGAGAUACAGUGUGUAUAAAAAAGUAA